AUGACUGAAAUCAAUAUAAACAAAGCUGGAGUAUUCAAGACAAAGAUUGGGAAAAUUGUCCUCCUAGCAUUACUCAGUAAAGAAUACCUGGUGAAUGGUAGGCCUGUCAACUUGGUCCCCCUUUCUGCUCAUUCAGAUUCAGGAAGUGCUUCAAUGCUUGCUCCGGCUGCUAAAGCCACAGUGCAAAAUAGUUCUGCGACUCACAGUAUGGAGGAUCGCUUAAAAGAAGCUCAACUCUUUGCCAAGCAAAAUGAACACUUUGAUGAGAAGAUGUAUAUCCCAAAUGAAGAUAAAAAGGAGGAAUCUGAUCUGCCAGCCAUGAAGACAGGAAGGAAAUUAUUAGGUUAUCGGCUUGUCAAUGAUUCAAAUGAGAUGCCUGGUUUUGUGCCAAUCUUGUUGCUGGUUGUCAUAGCGGCAAUAUUUGUGAGAGUACAAUACUUUGACAACCAGCCCCAAGGGGGAAAUAGGCGUGGUGGUGGUGGUGGGUAUCCAGGGGGGUAUGGGGGUGGUGGUGGGUACCCUGGGGGCUCUGGGGGGUAUGGGGGUGGUGGGGCUUGUAGUGGUGGGGCUUGUGGAAGACGUUGA